AUGUCACCAAUAAAAUUGAAUGAGGGACCAGACUCGGUUCGAAUGCUAGUGCUCGAAACCGACGAACCUCAUCCAGACACCAAAGAGUCCAAAGGGAGUUUUGGCGAUAUUUUCAACAACCUCUUUACCGAAGCCGGGAAAGAACAUGAUCCUCCACUCGGAGUAGAGACAGACAUGCAUUAUAUAGUCGACGACCCAGAGAACGAUCACCAUGGUCACGUUCCUCAUAUUUCCGAGAUUGGAAAAGACGUCACUGCCAUCUUGAUCACGGGAAGCAUGUACGAUGCACAUGGCGACAAUCCAUGGAUUCAAAAACUCAUCGAACUACUCACGGCACUCUGGAAAGAACGCCCGGAUAUGAAAUUCAGCGGUGUCUGCUUCGGCCACCAGAUUCUGGCUCGGACACUCGGUGCAAAAGUCGAGCCUACGGAAGGAGGAGAUUGGGAAUUAGCUUACACUAAAAUGGAUCUCACGCCUCUUGGACAAAGACUAUUCCGUACCGAGAAUCGCAACCUCUCACUCCAUCAAAUGCAUCAAGAUCAAGUCACCACAGUGCCCUCACCCUCAACUACAUCUCUAUUGUCUUCCAAAGACGAAGUCGACGUCUGGGCCAGCAGCGACCACACCAAGAUUCAAGGACUGUAUAUCCGGGAACGCCUGUUUACUAGUCAAGGACAUCUGGGCUUUGAUGAGAAGAUGGUGCGUAGACAGAUUGAGGCGAGGGUGGAGAGUGGUGGGAUUAAGAGCGAGGAUAGGGCGGCAGAGGCUAAGGAGACGGCGCAUUUGAAGCAUGAUGGGAAUGUGGUUGCCGGUGCGAUUUUGAGGUUUUUUCAUGGGGAUGAUCGGAAGAUUGAGGAGAGGUGA